AUGGAGUAUGGCCUCGACCCACACAAGAACAAGUCUGGAGGUGGUAUUUCCGGCCCACGGAAUCAUAACUUCAACUCGAAUACGGCGGACAGGUCUGUAAGCUCGAGCACAAGGGAGCACAGUCCUGCAGUGGAGCCCCCAGUGACGAAAACAACCCUCAGCGAACUCGAUGUCAACAAGAUUGUCAAUAAUCCAAAGCUACGGCACGAUAUCAACUUCGACCCAGAUUUACACUUUAGACCGAAUCUUGACGGCGAAAAGGGUCGAAGGAAAACACAACGGGCAAAUGACUUCUGGAACACAAUGAAAGCGCAGCUUCGAAGCUAUAUCAUGAACAGAGAUCAAUUCGAAAAGGAGCUUGUAAUUGAUGGGGAAUGGUGCUUACCUUCCACACUGAAAGCAAUUCGAGGGAUCCUGGAAACUCUCGUUCCCCAACGAGACCGCGCAUCCGUUGAAGAUACAUUCAAUGUUGAAUUGCUGAUGCAGCAAUUUCGAAAAGGAGUAGCUGAUCUCGAGAAGCUGGCUCUGUGGCUAUCCCAACUCCUCAAAUGCCAUUGCGCACCAAUGCGUGAUAACUGGGUCGACGAAAUGGUGACCCAACUCAGUAAUGGUGAUCGAAAUGGGGACGUGCAACUACUGGUUGCUGGCAUGCAAAACUUGCUUGGAGUAUUAGAAGCAAUGAAACUUGACGUGGCCAAUCAUCAGAUACGGUGUCUACGACCUCUUUUAAUCGAGGACACCGUUCAUUUUGAGCAGAAAUUUUUUAUGAAAAAAAUCGCUCUCGGAAGAGUUGACAUUGCAGGAGCUCACGCAUGGUUCCGUCGAGCUAGCAGCUUGCCCGACAUCUUAUCGAUAGAGGGCACAGUCCAUACUCAAGGAAACACGUGGGAUUUCAUCAAAGCACUCGUCUAUCUUAUCCUCCCGUCAAAAUCUUCUGAGAUGGUGCCACACACAUUUCUGUUCGACGAAGAGCGCCUGAUUAAGCUUCGUUCAGAUAUGUUAGAUUUGAUCAACCUCGAAGUCUGCAUGUACCUUUUCCGAAACUUAGAUACGCAGUGCAGGUUACAGGAGAGUCUUUACAGCAUACUAGAUGACACCCCAACGACAUCAUCUCUGGUCACUUCUAGGCCAGCAUCACCUGCUGAUGACCCAAUUUUAUCUUUAGCUACACUCCCUGAACCAAGCCACUUUUCCGCUUCCCAAUCAAAGCAUCUCUCCCAAGAACGAGGCCAAUUCAUUCGCACCCCGGGUGGUAGACAAGUCUGGGUUCCAAGGGUUGAAGAAAGCCAUAUUGUCUCAUCAGCGACUUCAAGUCCGCGAUCGUCGCCCUCAUCCACCGCUUCUACGCCAGACACCUCUCCUCCUACCGCGUUCUCCCUGUCUCAACCUUUCACCGAUUCUGCUCCCCAAGUCCGAACAUCUCUUCUUGACAUACUUUCAUCCUCGACAACCAAUGACAAAUGGGCCGCUCUUGCACCAGCUUUGGGCCUUCAAAUCCUCCGCUCGACGACAACACCUCUGUCCCAUCUCCCACAAUUCGAAUCUCACCUGGCCUUCCACCUCUCGAACUCUCGGUCUAGAGUUUACCAGGAAGCAGAAGCACGUGUUCUUGGUCAACUCGCCCCUAUUUUGCAGAAGCUCAUCGAGACUUACACGCCCCUCACUAGCCUGCAGAUUUUCGAAGGAGCUACCACCCCGAGAACUCUACCUGGAACCGCUGUUCUUCAGGUAAAUGGAGUCAAGGAGGAGAUCACCGAGAUUGCUACGAGAAUUUCACACAUCGGGAUCCUACACUGGAGGGUUUGGGCUCCGUUGGCAUACCUUGUCGAUCCUGAUGUAGAGGAAGACCCCGAGGCUCAACCAGAACGAGCAAAGAACAAGCCUUGA